CAAACGGUAUAGUCUUUGAUUACCCAGGCUUAAACUUUUCCAAAUUCUCAAGCUAUCAAUAAGAUGCGUGUACAAAAAUAUAUUAUGAUGUGUGAAAUUUUUGCUGUUUACCAAAUUUUAGUCAAGUCUUUGUAGCAUUAUUGAUUAACGACAAAUGUACAUUAAACCCUCUAGCAGUCACUCCAGAAGUCAGCUAUUUCAUUAGUUUUGUUGCCUUUGGCAAGUAUCAAUAACCCACCAAACAAACCUUGGCAAUUGUGAGGCAUUUGCUUUUUGUCAUUGGUAUUUCCUAAAGUGCAUUUAGAUAUUAUUUUUAAUAUAAGAAAUAGGAAUAUUUUGUCUGGACAGUCAACUCUCUUUAAGAUGGACACCUUUGGGACCAGCACUACUGACUCGGUAUAUCCGUCUUAUAGAGAUCCAAAUAGAGUGAGUUGUAAAGAGAAGCAGGGACCAUCUCAAGGUGUCCACUUAACAGAGGUGUUUUUAAUAGCUAUAAUUAAUUAUUUAAAAUUACAUACUCUAAUAACAGUGGAACUAAGUGCAAUGAAGAUUGUUAUCUUUCCUGUGGUAAUUAACUAAAGAUACAGUUUGUUGGAUGUUGUACCAAUGGUACCUGAAGGGAAAGUUUUAUUUAAUGGUUUAAUUUUUACUAGGUAUGUGCUGCUGGCCUCUCAGUAUCUCUAUCCCAUUACUGUAUACCGAUAGUCUACUCUGUGGGCAUAUUAUAGACCCCAUUUCGGUGACUUUGGAAAAAAAGUGAUUUUUGCAAUCCCAAGUUUCUGUUUAUUUAUCUACCUAAUAAAGUCUUUUGACUUGGUCAUCUUGAAAUGAACUGACACUUGUUAAACUUAAUGUUUUAGUUUUGUUUUACGGUUAAUUGUAAGAUCAGGACAAGCAUUGUGAAAUAAAUGAGAAUUGUCAGUUAAAAUUGUUGAGUCAUUUUUCUUUAAAUAUUGUAAUCACCUUGCACCCUUUACCGUGGAACUCUGAUAUUUAAGAAGUUUCAAAGAACGAAGUGCAAUGAAGAUUGUUACUGUUUUAGCAGUGUCUUCGUCAUAUCUGGGUUUCAGGUAAGGGGAGUGAUAUAUGAGGGGGAAAGGGAUCGAACUGAUGGUCUUUCAACCUGUCCUAGUUGAGUUGAAUGAACUUCUGCAGCAUUAGUCCACUUUAAAGAAAGGUUGAAAGCUAGUGUUAAGUGCAAAUUGCAAGAAGCAAUAAAGGGGUAGAUGCCAGGGAAGAAAAGAGAGAAGGGUACGUAUGUACUGGCCUGGCACGCUCACUUUACAAUAUAAACUUUGCUCUAUAUUUGUCCAUACAAAUAUGUUAUUUGACAAAGUUUGAACACAUUUGAACACAUUUGUUUGCAGUUUGGCUCAUUUAUCUGUAUUUGUUCACAUUUGUCUUAGAUAGCAAAUGCAUCAUUAUCCUAUUUGUCUUAAAGACAAAUGUCUAAUUUGUGUUUUGCACAAAUGUGAACAAAUGUGACAAAUUUCAUAUUUAGACCACAUUUGUCCCACAUUUAUCUCAUUUCAAAUCUGUUUUUUCAUCCAGUGAUCGGAAGGGGAAAAACAGAAAGAGACGUUAAGCUUAAGUUGUAAUUUUUGUUGCUAUCACCCAGCGAUCGCGAUCUCUGUCAGUGUGAGAAAUUAUGAGAAAUGUACUCAGUCCUCAGCGAAUGAAUGUUAAACUAGACACAUAUAAUAUGCGUGAGCUCGGGCGUCCGUAUAAAAAAAAGGCUCCAAUGAGAAAAAAAAUCACGUAAGAAAUCUUGGUCUUCAAAGGCAACGUACAUCGAAACUAGACUCGCCGAUAGGCGAUUUUAACUGGGCUGCCAUAAUACUCAGCCGCCCAAAUCGCCAGUAUUCUCUUCCUAAGGGGAGGGGGCGGCUGUUCACAGGCUGCAAAAUAACCUUGUCGCCGACCAUUGCGUGACAUAGAAUCCUAAGCCUGCGUAGCAAGCGUUUCCAAUCGAGCUAUGGCGCGAAAGUCAGAGCGGGAGCCAAAAAAGAUGGAAGGGGAAAGGGGAGGGAGAAGAGGAAAGGCUUGCCCGCAAACCCCACAAUUCUGGAAAACGCCCCUUGAUAUUUCACGGUUCGGUUCAUUUGUAAAGUGACAGAUAACUAACAGACUACUGUAAAAUUUACUUUGUUCUUUAAAUGAAACACGCUCCACGCGAAACCGUAAUAAAAGUUUCAAACUCUGAGCGAUUGCUGCGGAAUUUCUUGUUUUUUGUUGUUGAGUUAAAUUUGGAACUUUAGGUGGCUUUAUCUCAUCUGAAACCUUGUCAAACGUCGCAAAGAAGUGAUUUGUCCGCGACACUUUACUCCGCCGGCUAUGAGUUUUGCAGAGAGGCUGCUCUCCAUAGGCAAGCCCCCAGCAAGCCAGUGUCGAAAAGUUCUCUAAAAUACAUGCCGCCAAAUUUCCAAUAAACAAAAAGAAUCUUUUCAUUUCAAAAAAUUAACAAAUCACUUGUUCAUGGCGGCUUUAACUAGUGUCGAGUACCGAUGUUCUGAUUUACGUUGAUGUUAUCUCCAACAAACAGUCCAUUUUUUUCAGUCAGAUACGAACGCGGUCAUUCCCAAUAAAUUGGCCUUCACUAAUCUCCACUGCUCGAUCUCCAGUUAUAUUUUGAAGGGACUCAGAUCUAAUAAACCUUCGCACAAACACGAUUCAAAUAAGUAUCUGUCCAAACAAAGCAUUUGCAAUCUGCGACCACAAAUCAGACCAGACCCGAUCUGCGACGCACGUAAACAAAACAUACCUGGUUUGAUUGAUGUAUUGAUUGCUAUUUACUCAGUACUACCAGCAUCGCACUAAUCACAAGCUCAAAUUGUAUUUGUUCAAGCAAUUCAUCUCGAAGCUCAAAAAUUGACCUUUAUAUCCUAACUUUAUACCCUUUACUCCUUUACUCCCUCACUUAUUCAUUUACAGUGUUUCUUUCAGUAAAAUACGGUUUGUUUACAUUUAAAGGUAUACAUGUUAGAGCGAGAUGCGAACUUUCAAAGUUUAUCAAAACUCGCUGAUGCUAACAUCAAUCGUGCUUGUUGAAUUGGUGGAGACACAGAAAUUAGGUACAAUACUCGAUCACGCAAUUAAUGAUAACGAUACAAACAAAAGCAAAAAUGUAGACCGCAAGCGGUCGUACUUCUUUCCUCAGAGCCACGCGCGGAGAGACAAAAAGUAAAACUAUGCAAAUUUAUGAAAAAAAAAAAAAAAAAAAAAAAAGAGGAGAGAUUUGGGCGUAGAGAGGAAAUUCCCUCUUAUCUGCCCACUCGCCAUUGAGGAAAAAAGGCCAAUGACGCCAGUGUUUUCGUCGGACGAGUCUUCUUUAUCCUAAUCCGAAAUUUAAAACUCCAAAGAGGAGUAUCAGAGAAAGGACUAGAUCUUCAAACGCACUCUUUAAACGAACUCUGCAAAGAUCGACAAACAGGCUUUAUGGACCACGCGAUGUCGUCUGGGUUACUGGGUUAAUUAUUGAUAGUGUUCGUUUUUUGACGGACGCACAGGCAGCCCAGUAAAUAAAACCAGUCCGGAUAUGCAUAAACAUCAGGAAACGACUGGCCAUGUGCUCUGGUUUAGUCCGCUGGCCUUAUUUUACGCAUACUCUUAGAUGUUGUGCACUUACUCUGUGCGACAUUGAGUGAUUUGUGCCAGGAUAAUAAAAGAAAGGAAAAGAAAAAAAAACAGAGCCCUUUUUUUAGCUUGGCCGUACCCAUGGAAACGCCCGAGCAAUAAUGAAUGUUGACGGUCAAAAAGCAACAUUAGCCUUGGAAACUGGGAGAAUUUGGCGGUUACUGCAUGGCCUUAUCAUGCUUAAACUUCAUCUGCUCAUAGCCAGAGUGCACACAAGCUAUUUUUCCGAUACUGAGGUGUUUCGCUCGUAUCUUUUCAGCAAAAUCCUGUGGUCAUCCGGGUAGCAUUUCCAAUGGAGAGUUGAAAUCUUACGUCUUUACUUUCAAGAGUAAAGUUUAUUACCAGUGUAUUCAUGGAUACAAACUUGUUGGAGAUAAAUUUCGUCAGUGUCAAGCUAAUGAACAGUGGAGUGGAAGACAGCCCAAAUGUGAACGUACGUAUUGUAAAUAAAAUGUUAACUAGUGGGCUACCACAAAAUAAACAAACGAAGAAAGGAAAACCUCAAACAAAGGAAAUUGAUGGAUGGAAACCUUAAUUACCAGUUUAGUCAGGGCAUACCAGUUACAAUCGUUUGACUUGUUUUGUCUUUAAACUACUCAAACUCAAUAAAAUUGUUUGUAAUGAAACAUUUCAAAUGCAAACCAAUACUCGGAAGAAAAUGUAAGAAACUGUUAAAACUAGCAGUACUGUUGUGGUUUAACAGAGUUCGUUUAUUUUGGAGAUGAAGUCAAACAUAAAUGAUAAUAAUAAUAUUUACUAAUUAUAUUGCGCAUUUUCUAUACAAAUACAGGAAAAGUCGCCUUUUUAUAAUUUUUAAAAUUUCUAUACGCUUCUUUUUCAAAGUGAUUGACUGUGGAGUGUUACCCACACCUGCCAAGGCUUCAAAAGUAUUGGAAACUCACACGAGGGUCGAUGGCAUGGUCCGAUUUAAAUGUACGGAAAAAGGAUACGAGAUCAGUGGUUCAGAAAUAAGAAAGUGUCUCAAUACUGGCUCAUGGAGUGGGACAACAACCAAAUGUACAAGUAAGUUAGGUAGCAAGAAAAAAAGAAAAAAUGAUCAAUAAAUAAGUAAAUUGAACAUCUUUACUCUAAAAGAAAAAAAAAAAAAAAGAACCACCGUAACCUAAAAGUCAAUUUACUCCCACGAAAAAACUGUUUUGCAAUCUUAUCUGAGCUCUAAUUGUAUUAACUUAUAGUUAUCAGCUGUGCAGUCCCAGGAUCUCCCAUAAAUGGUAAAAAAGUCAAUGCCAAAAACAAAUACAACUAUGGAGAUACCUUGAAAUUUGCGUGUAAUGAUAACUACACUUUGGAAGGCAACCGCCAGAUAAAAUGCGAAGAAACUAAAGACUGGAGUGGAGCUUUACCUUAUUGCCGAGGUAACAAUAUUUACAUUAUAAUUCCUGCCAUUUCCUUUUCCCUUUUUUUUGUCAGGACAUGUUUUUUCUUACUUCUCCUUUUUUUCUUUUUUAUGUUCAACAUUUUUCUAUUAAUUGGUAUAGGUUUUUCCAAUAUGUGACUAUAAAGCUUAAAAAUAGUUUUAUAUGAACUCCUACAUCAUUAUGUCCACGUGAUUUCGAUAUUUUCCUUUUGAUGUCGCCUAAUUUUCACGUAAAUUUAGAAUUUCUUUGGCCUAAGAAAAAUAGUUUGAGUUGGCAGAUUGAAAUUUUAUUGAAGCGCAGAUCAUACGACUUAAUAGUACGAAACCCUUUUCGUUAGGCAUUUAAUCAUAACCAUAACAAAAUUGUCAAAUCUGAUUGGCUCUCAACUGCCCUGAUUUCAGCCUUAAUUGGACAGUUUAAUAGGACAGUACGCGUCAUGCCUAAGUAAUUGGACAGUACGCGCCAUCACGCGCGCGCUUAAAUGGCUUUUUUCUUUUCACUGCUAGCAAAACAAAAUUUCGAAUUUCUUGUGUUUUGGUUUAAAAAAUAGCCUAUUGUAUCACAAAUUUUGUUAAAGUUAUGAUUAAUUGGUAACAGAACUUCGUGUCGUCCAAUUCAGUCUGUAAUCAUACUCGUGAUUAAACAAAUCGGACUCCCGCUACGCGGUUGUCCGAUUUUGUUAAUCACUCGUAUGAUUACAGACCGAAUUGGACUCCCCUCAGUUCUGUUACCAUUACUUAUUUCGGACUUGACUGUCAAAAAUUCGGCUUUUAUCAAUUUCAAAGUUUUUGUUUAUUGUUGUCAUAGUAAUAUCGAUUUUACUUAAAACUAUAUCUUCACAAAUUUCAAUCCAUAGCCAAUUACUGGUGAAAAUUUUAUGGCGAUCGGAAAAGGGAAAAAACCACUUUUAAGGCGAUUGAAAAAUAUCCGUAUGGCCUCUGAAAAACUGUAUCGAAACUCCUUAACAUGAACCGAAUGUAAACGAGAAAGGAACUUCUCUGAGUAAUGUGCUUACAAUCUUCAAUCAAUCGAUCUGAUUUUUACUACACAGCCCCUUGUGCAGAUCCUGGUGUUCCUUAUCAAGGAAACAGAAUCGAUCAAGAUUUCCGUCACGGCCGAACAGUUAGAUUCACUUGUCCGAUAGAUUACGUCAAGGAGGGUGUGGCAGCAAUAACAUGCACAGAAGGCAAAUGGAACAAUAAAAAGCCAAGCUGCAAGGGUACAUUAACAGAGUUUUUAAGAUUCCCUUAAAAUAAAAUAACCUAUUGACGAAAUAAAUAUUCUAAUAUCAGAACACUUCUAAGGCCUAGACCAAACUUAGAACGUUUCAUUAGACGAACUAAAAUUACUGAGUUAAAUUCAUGAAAAGUUUAACGUCUGACUCAGUUUAGUUCGUCUAAAUGCUCUUGGAUCGCCCAACCAUUCUUUCCGUCUGCUUCAGACGGAUAGAGCGUCUAAAAAUCGUCGAUCUUUCCAUAAGACAAAAAAAUAAAUAAAUAAAUUAGACCACGAGAAAAUUUAUUACUGAUCACGCGCACUCAGGUUUUAAGACAGACGAGUACCUCUGGGGACGACAAAUCCUUUUUAUUCGAACGUUCCUUUUUCAAAUGAUCGGGAUAAAUGAACAUUUUAGGACAUCGCUCGAUUUUGUUUUUUUUUGGAUUUUUGGCAUGAGUGGGUCCUAAAUUUUAUUUUGGCAGAAAAAGAAAAUCAGAAAGUGCUUUUUAACCCUUCUAAAAUGAGCCUUUUCUGAGCUAACCAGCUAAGCGUGGACCUCGCGCUAAGGCUUUAGAGCUGAUUUUCUCUCACUCUAUUUUAGACGCAAAAAUCAAAAUUCUCCGACCACCAGUCGGGACAGGUUUUAAGCUAUCGCUUUGAAACUUUCAGAUAUGAUGGAUAAUGAUAUAGACUCAAAAUGGGCGUGAGGAAUUUUCCGAUUUCCCUUUGUAACUCAUUUUAUGUCAGUUUCUGUGCGUAAAUCGCGCUCGAGAUUCGACUUUUUAGUUUGAAAUACAAUAAUUCCGCUAAUACGAGACAUAUGCAAAUUUCCUCACACCCUUUUUUAGGUCUUUUAGCUGUCAAUCAGACGCAAUAAAAAGGAAGUGAAUAUUUAACAACGCGAAAGGGCUGGAGCUUCAGCAGUAAACUCGAUACCUCUGAGUUCGAGAGCAAAACCCUUAAUUAAGCGCCUUUUGAAAUUCGAUGAAAUAAAAUCUUUUAUAAGGUAAUUAAGUCUUUUAGUUUUAAUUUAAUAUAUAACUUGCCUUUGUAGCGAAAAUACUCGCGCGACUAGAAUUUUUUUCUGUGGGCACCUCGUUUUCCUUUACCGAGACCUUAAUCCUUUUUUUCAAAUAAUCGGGACGCAUUAGAGAACCGGAAAAAUUUGAACUCUCCCUUAAGCUAUGAAUUCCAGUAGCUAAAACGGUACGAAAACCACCAUAUUGUUUUGUUUUUUAGCCAAGAAGGGAAAAUCGCUUCUGUACGGAAUAUAUUUUCUCCUACCGCCGUUAAUUAUUACGUCGAAUUCUUUUGCACCUCGAACGAACAAUUCUUUUGCACCUCGUUUAAGCAAAAUUUUAAAUUUUGAGUUUUCUACUCAAGAACCCAAUAAUGGGGAAUAUUCAGCCAAUCGAAGAUGGCAAAUUGUUUUCUUGUAAAAAUAUCCGCUGUUCCGUUUGUUGUCUUAUUAUAUUGCCAGUUCGACGCUUCCUAAGUUUGGUUCGUCUCAUAAAAAGUUCGACGUUUGGCCUUAGGCUAAACCAAUUUAUACCAGUUUAACACACAUGUUCUUAUAUUUUAGCUCCUUGCUUAGAUCCUGGAAGUCCAACCAAUGGAAAAAUAAUCGGAGAUGAUUUUAGACAUAAUCAAUCAGUCAGAUAUGGAUGCAAUACCGGUUUUGAACUUGAGCACGAUCAACCUCUAAAAUGUUCCGAUGGACAAUGGAUUGGAAAUAAACCGCGCUGUAAAGGUAAACACAGUAUUAAGGGUUAUUUAUAUUCGACUGUUUUAUCUUUUUGUUUUUUUCGAUUUGCCGUGUUUCCUGUAUUUAUCGGUCUGAUGAUUAUGAUCAUUUUCUAAUAGGCCAACAUAUCAAUACACUCGUCACUGUGUGGUGCAUUUUAAGAGAAAUUGCAAGAUCCUUUUUUUGGUUAAACCCCCGCGGUUUGUCCUUAUUAGUUUAAACAUGGUUUUAGUGGCUUUCUAUUAGAAAAAAAAACAUUGGUUCAACUUCAUCGUUUGUUCUUGAUAAAUGACACCAAACAAUUAACCGAAUUUAAAAUUUCUUCUUUUGUCCUAGUUAUUAGAUGUAAAGACCCAGGAUCUCCGACCAAUGGUAAACAAGUUAAUACCAAAAAUCAUUACAACUAUGAAGAUACUUUGGAAUUUGCUUGUAAUGAUAACUACACGUUAGAAGGAUACCGCCAAAUUAAAUGCAAGAAAACCAAAGACUGGAGCCAAGCUGUUCCUUCUUGCCGAGGUAAUCACAAUUACGUUAACUUCUACCAUUUUGUCGAGGCGAUUGUCUUUCUUUUUUUUUUGGACUCGCACUCCUGCGUCUUCACCUUGCGAGAAAUGGUUAGUCCUUUAAAGACUUUCAAGACAGGGUCGCAAAAAAAUCCGAGAUCCCUCAAAAAGACACAAAAACAAACAUAGUUCGGGUUUGCAAUAUUACCAGAUUUACGCUCACAUAAUACGUGUGUCACGUAUUAGUCUUUUUUUAAAAAAAAUAUUAGAUAAAAGGAUGUAUUCAAAAAAAUAAAAAAUCAUUUUUGUAUUUUAGCUCCCUGCGCAUAUCCUGGAAUUCCAGGCAACGGAAGCAUGUCUGGAGAUGAUUUUAGACAUGACAGGACAGUCAGAUAUACAUGCAAGCCAGGUUUUGGACUUGAGGGCGAUCAACUUCUAAAAUGUUCCAAUGGACGAUGGAUUGGAAAUAAACCCCAUUGUAAAGGUAAACACAGUAUAGAGGGUUAAUUAUAUUCGACUGUUUUAUCUUUUUGGUUUUUUCGAUUUGCCAUGUUUGCUGUAUUUAAUGGUACUGGAGUUAUUAAAUGUUUGGGUGGACAAAGGACAGAAAUGAAGCCUGAGUGUAAAGGUAAAAUUUCUUCGCUGGAAUAAAAGUAUGAAGAGUUGAUACUUCACUGACAUUUGCAUUCAGUAAAAUUAUGUUGUUUUGUCAUUACCACAUCCUUUAUUUGAUUUAUUAGUUCGUUUUCCGUACAAUUUUAAGAUACAAUGCUCGUUAUUUAAGUUACGUCUUUGUUGGUGUUCUUUUUGUGCAUCAGCCGGGCGCAAACCAUGCACCUAGAGCGUCAGUCACUCAAGUCAAUAAUUCUGUUCAUACACUGAGCACCUUUCUGAGGAUUCGCGCAGAUCCCAGCAUGCACAUCGUUUGAAUCUCUGUCAUAGUAGCUCUCCGGCUCGACUGAUACUUUCUUGAUGUUUUCUACCAUACCCUUCUUCACUGUACCAAGCGCACUAACAGCCACAGGGAUCACUACGGUUUUCAUAUGCCACAUUCUCUGUAUUUCUAGUUCUAGGUCUUCGUAUUAUUGUUAUUAUUAUUAUUAUUAUUAUUAUUAUUAUUAUUAUUAUUAUCAUCAUCAUCAUCAUAUUACUGUUACAAUCCCCUUACAGGCUAGUACUGAAUUGUCCCAUUGAAUGAUCAUAGAUAUUUUCCAUGCAUGAGCCCUUGGGUAUGUAUAAACUGACACAUUGUAUUUAAUUUUUAAGUUUGCCGAAAUGGUAGUGCUCUUGGAAUGAGCAGCAGAAUCAUUCCAGACAGUUUUAUCCAAGCCUCCAGUAAAAGAGAGGGACAUCCUGCUUACCACGCUCGUCUUGGUGGAAAAAGUUUCUGGUGUUCUCAGAAAGAGCAUUUGAACUACCUCACGAUAGACUUUCCACGGAAAUACAAGAUAACAAGCGUUUCGGUUAACGUCAUAGAAACUUACCAAGGAAAAAUCCAUCUUUUCACUGAAACUUGGUUAAAUAAGUGGAUCGACGUCUACUCGCUAGAUAAGGUAAUUAAUGUCGACCAAGACUUAAUUGGUAAACCUGAAUAUGAAGGAUAUAAACCAAGAAAAUGUGAAAGGGGUGGACAACGGGGGCACAAGGUCUCGAUGUUCUCACAACUCGUAAAGUGGUCCUCUUGAGUCAUGGUCAGCGGAUAAUUGCAGUAUAUAUUUGACAAAGUAGAUAAAGAUGGUUUUCACAGUGACGUCAUCAAAUGAUAAAGUCAAAAUAGCGAACUUUUACGAAUUCUUAUUUCACUAGGUUGAAGAUAAACAAAAAGUAAAUCUCUGUACAAGUUUCCAUUCCCGUAACAUGUUUCAUUUCGAAAAUACAGCAAUUUGAACUUGCGAGUUUUCACAGUGAGCGACACCAAAAUAGGAAUGCUGUCUCCUUGGAAAAGUCUCUCUUCUUGAUUUUCAGCAGUAUAACCAUUGCAAGUAUAAGAAGAUAUGUUUAUGCGUACGUAUGCUAGUUCUCGAGUGAAAGGAAAGAGCUUUUAUAGAAAAAAUGAACUCCAGAUGUUUUUGUUGAUUUCCGGCGGCCAUAUUGGUGCACCAAAACGGUAUAGCAAUAUGAACUAAUAUGGCGUCUCCAUACAAAGCUCUACAAAGGUGCGUGAAACUGUGGGCCACAAAGGCCUGAGAGUUGGAAUUGGCUUCUUCCACUGGACGGUUUCCAAUUUAUUUUUUUUCUUUUGCGUGAUAGUAGUGAAAACGAUCUAUUGUAGAAGCGAGAGGCAAACUAACGGCAGAAUUAAAUCAACAAUUGCAAAAAAAAUCUUGCCUUUUUGUUUUUGUUUUGUUUUUUUUGUUUUCGGAAAUUGUAAGAAAAACCAAAACGCAGGCAACGGUCACUGUAACCAUGUAACUUCUUAACCGACAGCAACGCACGCUGAUUUGGUGGUGAAAAUCAGAUCGAUAAGUGUCUUUGUUUGAGGUGUGAACGGAGUCGAUGAUAUGUUGCAUAUCCAAACUGCUCAAACAAGUUGAGUUAUUGUCUGCUUGAUUUUAAAGGGGGUUUAAUAGAUCAAAUUCAGUCUAUUCGUGCUGCUUUUGAAGUGAAUUGUUUAUGAUACUUGCAUUCCUUCCCCAUCCUAAGCAAAAUAAAGCACAUUUUAAUUAAUUUAAGAUGGCAGAUUCAAGAUGGCGGAUAGUUCCAUUUCCUUGUUUAAUUCAAAAUUACGUCAUGAAGCUACUGCUGUUGUUAAAACUAUUAUCAAUAUGUUAGUCAACUUAACUUUAUGAUUUUCUCAGACACCUUACUAUGUAAGUUUUUGCGCUUUAUGGUUACUGUAGGUGGAACAUUGAUGAAAUUUGGAUUCUGCCAAUAAAUUCGACAAUAUCAGCAAUGUCAACCAAGUCAUACAGAGAACGAAUCCCACCGAAAUCAAGAAACGUUUUUUCAUUUAACAAAUUUAUUUAUUUUUCCAACAGCUCAAGAAAGGUUUUCGUAACUUCGUGCCGUCAGAACCAUUUAUUGGAAAGAACGUAAAAAUCCAAGUGAUGUAUAGUGGGAGAAAAAAUGGAGGUACAACUUCUGUUUGUCUUAAAGCAGAAGUCUAUGGCUGCGAAAUUCCUCAGGGUAAGACUUUUUGCCUUUCUUAUUUCAAUAGAGAGGAAAUGUGUGACUUCCUCUUACCAUGGUAGCAAAAUGUCUGAAUUUUGUCUUUCUUGACGGAGAAAGCCAUUUGCAUCAUCAAUCGAUGGAAGAAUAGUAUGGGCUAUCGUUUUGUUUCUGAGUGCAAUCAUGUAGUCACAGGAAAGCCGUCAUACGUGUUCAUUUUUUUGCUUACCAUAUUUGCAGGACCCCUGAUUGUUGAGAUCCAGAAAUUGUGCUUCCAUGGCAUCGUGAAGUAACGACUGUAGGUGCAAAUCCACUGUAAAAGGACGUUUAACACUUUUAUUCGGACAAACCAUUCAAUCUGUACAGAACAAGGAUGCGCACGUUGUUCAGAUUAAACCAAAGGCAAUGAAAUUCUUCAAAAGCGUCGUUACUUCGGGUGAAAUCGCUCCACACCAACACAUCGAGUAACUUCGUACAAAAAACACCUUAUCACAUGACCUAACAGGCAGGAAGAAAAAAAAAAAAGAGAAUCCAGCCGCAACAACGAUUUCUACUGUCUUAUCUACUAUACACCUUAUUGAAACCUUUUACAUACUUACUGUUCGUUGAAGCCUUAUCUACGCCCAAUACCUUGGUCGAGUGACUUUAAAAAUAACAAAAAAGACUAAGUAAACAUUUUAACCUCGAACGGAUGUAAAAUCAUAGAGCUCUUGGAGAAACUCAUUUAUAUAUGAGAAAUGUGAUUAAGUAUAAGUAGAAAUAUUUAUGAACUAAAAAGCAAAGGAAUGCCUCUGACACUUUCCCUAGCUUAUCGCAAAUGCUCGAAUAAGCCCCCAAUUACAAUGACCCCCUCCAUAAAUGAGCACCCCCUUAACGUAAAAACAUUCAAUAAGCGCUUCCCUUCGAAUAACAGCCCUCCACACCCCACCCUGUCUUACCGAUUAUAUGGUCUACACUGUACGUAUCUUUUAAUCGAGUAUAGCUAACAUAAUUUACAGCUUAUAAGUUAGCUAAUUAAUAAUUUGAGGCCAACCCAAUGUCGGAUGUUAAAAACGCAGCUCCUCGGACAAUAGUGGUGGGCUUCAUCAUAGCGACAUAAGUAGAUGUCGAUUAUUUACGAAAAUUUUGUGUAUAAUAUUCUCCCGCCUUUUUUUUUUCUAAAAUCAUAACAGGCUACAAGCUUUCUCCUCUUCUCUUCGUCCCUACUAGAGGCCCUUAUGUUGACAGGCUAAAAUUAGAACACUUCCCGGUUUUUCCUACCAAAGGCAACUUUUGUUAAUGUCAUUCUUGGAUAGGAUGCAGAGAAUAAACUCUUCCAGAUAAAUUUUGAGUUAUUGGGUUCAAGCCCAACACGUCGUUGAAUAUAAUUUCUACUUGUUUUGUUUGUAGGUUGCCUGUUAACCGGCUCGGCAGUUAUUGUAAAGGUUAAUGGCAGGUAUUUAAAAACGCACGUAAAGACGGUUUACAGAUCAAGCAACCAAUUAAGAGUAACUGAUUACAGGGGAACGUUUAGCAUCAUAGAUGCAGUUCUGGAUGAGACACCAGAUCCUGCCAAGCUUACACCGAAUACGUUUGUCCUGGGAAAAAAUAUUGGCUCAGGUUCUUUUCAGAAGGGAAUUAUUGAGCGGAAGGAUGGAACAAAGUACUGGAUAAAGACUAAAAGCGAUAUCUGGGCAAAUGAUUUAAAUGAUGUUCGUCUGGACAAGUCACCUGAAUUUUGCCUUCUUUGAGCUAAAUGCAUCAAGAGCUUGUUAGCAAAUUCAAACAUUGAAAGGCUUUAUAGGUUAGAAGGAGUGCAGUAAUGUUAUUUAGUUAACUGAAUUUAAGGUAUUGCUGUUUGUUGAUCAAAUAAUAAAGUUAUUUUAAUAUGAAUUUUACGUCAGCCGUUUUAAUUUGUAAAAAAAGAUCAAUUAGGCAAAAACACUCCUGCUUAUAACAAAUAUAGUGCUAUUCCUUUGCAAAUAUCCAGUUCAGUUUAACAAACGGUUCAAAACUGACAAGAAAUAUUGAAAACAUAAAUAUUAAAGAAUAAACUUGGCAACAUGCUUCAUAAUGGACCGAGAGCGGUCGUCCUUCUUUCCUCAGACCCACUGCACCGGCAGUGAGCGAAAAAGUAAAAUAAUACGAAUUAACGGUAUAAAGGAGGGGAUAAGGGGGCGGAGAAAGGAAAACAAAUUAUUAUUUUUAUUAUUUUUCUUCUUUAGGCGCGUGAAAUGUGUACUUGUCGAGAGCUAAUGCUCUCAACUUACGAGAAAAAACUGCGUACGGACAUGUUGGGUAGUAAACGGUUUGGGGGAGAAGAAUUACCUAGGCAAGGGAGUGUCAUUACGCUAACAAGACUAGCCUGAAAAGGGGAGCACAAGCCCCUUUUUCGCCAGGGGUGUAGGUCAAAAUCCCCUGAGAAGGGUUCCUACUCCGGACUCUUUAGAGCUGCAAUCACAAUGCCCAAAAUGAAGGCCUUACUCCUCACAAGUGGUCAUAAUCCCCUUAAAGAAGUCCUUACCUAGGGGCCGCAAUCCCCC